AUGGCGAGCGCGGCCAGCAGCCCUGCAUCUGUCGAUGCAGCGAUAUUGGAGGGCGCGCGCCGCCUGAUACCACCGCUGACAGCCUCCGGCCACAAGGGGCAGAACGGCAAGGUGGGCGUGCUGGGCGGCUGCCGCGAGUACACCGGGGCGCCCUACUUUGCAGGCAUCGCUGCCGUCAAGGUCGGCGCUGACCUGUCCCACGUGUUCUGCACCCCGGGGGCGGCCCCCACCAUUAAGGGCUACAGCCCCGAGCUCAUUGUGCUGCCCUUCCUGCCGGAUGAGUCGUCCCCGCUGGACCCCCAGGGCUCCGCCAAGCUGGUGUCCCAGAUCAAGGCCUGGCUGGGCCGCAUCGGCUGCCUGGUGGUGGGGCCGGGGCUGGGCGACGACCCGGGGGUGGUGGCGGUCAGCAGGACCGUGCUGCGCGAGGCACGCGCGGCGGGGCUGCCCCUGCUGGUGGACGGCAGCGGCCUCAACUUUGUGGCGCAGGACCCCGACCUCAUCCGCGGCUAUGACCGCUGCAUCGUAACGCCCAACCUGGUGGAGUUUGGGCGCCUGGCUGGGGGCCUGGGGCUGGAGCUCGACGGCGCCAUAGGGCCCCAGUGGCAGGAGCAGACGCAGCAGCUCGCGGCCGCCUUGGACGGCCCCAUCGUGGUGUCCAAGGGCCCGGCCGACGUGAUCUCGGACGGCGCCACCACCGCCGCCUGCAGCCUGCCGGCAUCGCUGCGGCGCGCGGGCGGGCAGGGUGACCUCGUGGCGGGCAGCAUCGCGGCUUUCAUGUGCUGGGCCUUUCCGCGGCGCGGCGGCGGCGGGGUCGACGGCGGCGACGGGCGGCGCGCGCUGAUGCAUGCAGCGUACGGCGGCUGCGCGGUCGUGCGCGCUGCGUCGGCGCGCGCGUUCGCAGAGAGGCGGCGGUCGAUGCUGGCGGGGGACAUCAUCCCGCACCUGCAGGGCGCGUUUGAGGAGGUCUUCCCCGACGCAUGA